UCUUCUAUCCAUAAAGACCAUGCUCAAGGUUGCUCGCUCCAGUGAAGGAAGAAGAUAGUGGACGUUCAAAGAAACCUCGUCUCGAGGGGGCAUACGAUACCAGACGACUGGCACUAACGAAGAGCGACUUCUCAGAAGCUACCAUGGACCAGGCAAUGUCGACAAUAUCCAAAAUUUUCAACGGGGAGCCGCGCUCGUACACACGCUUCAACCUGACCCAGAACAUGGAAGGCGAGAACAGCCAGGUGGAGAUGAAGCUGUCGUCCGACAUGGACGACGAGGUGGGCGGCAACUGCGUGGGGGAGGAACGCAACCAUGCCCAGGACCGCUACGUGGUACGCAAGCCCGCCGGGCGCACGCCCAAGAACCUCUGCUUCAUGGUGGUCACCGUACUCCUCAUCUUAAUCAUCGGCUAUCUGAUUGGCUACCUGGCCCACCGGAAAAAAGAGUUGGCUCCCAGCUGCUCUAGGAUAACCUCUGAAGACUCCGUUAGUGAAGGUUCCUUUAAGACGGAGACGACCCCUCUCAUGGACUGGAAUGACGUGAAGAGCUUGCUGGGUCAGAAGCUGAGUGCCUCCAGCUUCGAGACCGCAUUCAGUGAGUUUGCUAGUGGAAGCCACCAGGCAGGCUCGGCUGGAGACGAGCUGCUGGCCAACAAGGUGCUGAAAAGGUUCAAAGACUACGACAUGUACACGUGGACUGACGAGCACUAUGUCAAGCUUGUGGAUCCCCCUGCCUCUGGCUCCAACAGGGUGACCUUCAAAGGGUCUGACCUUGGAACACUGAGGGGAUAUCUGGCCUACAGCAAAACUGGAACAGCACAGGGCGCGAUCCUUCACAGCAACUACGGCCAAAUGGACGACCUGAGGAAACUGCAGGAUAAGGACAUUGCCUUGGACGGGAGGGUCCUUCUGGUCAAAACUGGAAAAAUAAGCUUUGCUGAGAAGGUGGCCAACGCAGCCAAGCUGAAUGCCUCUGCUGUGCUCAUCUACCCUGCUGACGACAGGAUCGGAGGGUCCACUCAGCUCUUUGGCCAUGUCCAUCUUGGCUCAGGCGACCCUUACACCCCCGGGUUCCCCUCCUUCAACCAUACCCAGUUUCCCCCCAUCCAGUCCUCAGGCCUCCCCAGCAUCCAGGCCCAGACCAUCACCGCCGACAUGGCCACCACUAUCAUGAGGGGGAUGGAGGGGAAAAACGCCCCUACAGGUUGGGUAGGGGUAGGAAAAGUGGGAGAUGAUGACGAUGUGGUCACGGUGGAGGUCAACAACGUCCUGGCCGAGAAGAUGAUCAACAACGUGUUUGGAGUCAUCAAAGGCUUUGUGGACCCAGAUCGUUAUGUGGUUAUGGGUGCCCAGAGGGAUGCUUGGGGCCCAGGCUUCGCCAGCUCCACCGUAGGCACCUGUGUGUUGGUGGAGUUGGCCCGCGCCAUCUCAGACAUGGUGAAAAAUGAUGGCUUCAAGCCCAGGAGGAGCAUCGUGUUUGCCAGCUGGAGUGCUGGAGAGUAUGGGAGUGUUGGCGCCACAGAGUGGUUGGAGGGUUAUUUGUCUUCUCUGAACAUGAAAGCCUUCUCUUACAUCAACCUGGAUGGAGUUGUAACAGGUUUCCCAACAUUCAAAGCCUCGGCCAGCCCUUUGAUGUACACACUCAUCCAGCGCACGCUAAAGGAGGUGAACACUCUCAGUGACUCCAGUACACUCUACGCUUCAGUCCCCGGGGCCAACUGGGAGGAAGCCGUCCUGGAGCCUCUGAGGCUAAAUGAUCCCGCCUAUCCCUUUGUCACCUUCUCCGGCAUCCCAUCCGUCUCAUUCCGCUUCUCCAAAGCGGGUGAGGAAUACCCAUACUUUGGGACACUGCAGGAUACACGCGAGAAGCUGUAUGGCGCCACAUCCAACCAAGCGGCCAAGCUGGCGGUGUCUGCAGGGGAGUUCGCCGGGAAAAUGGCCCUGCGGCUGGUCCACGACCACCUGCUGCGCCUGGACGUGGAGCAGUACAUCCGCCAGAUCCGCACCCACGUGUACACCAUUAACCGCAAGGUCAAAAACGUGCGGAGUAUGCAGCCCCAGCUGUUGCCUAAGUCGCUGACUGUCCAGUGGCUGAUGUCUGCGUCGGGCUCCUACAGCCGAGCCGCCAGCAGCCUGACCACUGACAUCGACAACAGCGACCUGGAGGACGUGGAGAUGUGCCGCAUCAUCAACGACCGCAUCAUGAGUGUGGAGAGGGACUUCCUGUCCCCAUACGUGUCUCCCAGAGAGACCCCAUUCCGCCACAUCCUGGUAGGCUCGGGCUCCCACACCCUGAAGGCUCUGUCGGACCACCUGGACGCCCUGCAGAUCGACCACUCCGACGCCAACGCUGAUCUGUUCCGGAAUCAGUUUGCUUUGGCAACCUGGACCAUCCAGGGCUGCGCCAACUCACUGGCAGGGGACAUCUGGUCCUUAGAUAACGAGAUCUAAGCCGGUUUCGACAUGUCCUAUUAAACAAAACACCCAAUAUAGCCAUCGGUCAGGGCAGGUCAGAUCACUAAGGUUCACCCAUUCAGGAAAAUUAAGUAUCAAUAACAUAACCCUUUUUUCGUAUGCAUUGCAACUCUCGACAGUACGAUAUGCUGUACUCUACCUUCCACACAAGGUCAAAAAUAAUAACACUGAAAUUCAACUGCCUUCACUUGUUUGAGAAAUAUGUGAAAAGCCAUUCACUCUUGCGAAAAAAACAACAACUCAAAUGCAUUUCCUAACGCCGCAUUUGAAAUAUAUUGGUGGUAAAUACGAAUGACUAAUGGCCUACAUAUGUCAUAGUACUUACUAGCAUGGCAAUAAUGCAGUUUUAGGCCAAUAUCCAAGGUCACAAACACCUAAGUUGUGUGUGUGUGUGUGUAAACUCAGAGGUACUUUGCGAUUACAACAAAAAGGUUAUGUUACUAUUACCUACCAUGAACAAAAUAACUAUUGUUACAAUCCGAGACUGCUGUUAUUUCUACACUCUUGUUACUUUACAUUGGAUUCAAACCUGGGCUGUUUAUAGAGAUUAUGGUGCUAAAACUGUAGAACGAGACAGAGGCUGAGAGCUGUUGCCAAAUGGGCUACAAUUCAGUUCAGACGGUAACACAGAAUAGGUCGUUAUCAUUAAAACGUCACAAGAAGGUAGCCUUUCUUCAAGGAGACCCCAGCUC